AAAUCGAAGACAGCAAUUAUUGUACAGGAACUCAGGCCAAAAAUGAAGAGGACCAGGAAUCUCACAAGAAAAGCACUGGAUUUAUAAGGGAGGCUGAUGAAUAUAAGGACAAAUAUAGGAUAUUUAAACCCAAGUUACAUUUCCUGAGAAAAUUUGAGAAAUCUUGUAGAGAUACAAGUCUUCACAGGACCAGGGAGUGGAUGGACUGUAGUGCUGAUUUACAGGUUAAAUCUGAGAAAGAAAGAACCAGAGAGUGGGUGGAUUGUAGUGCUAAUUUACAGGUUAAAUCUGAGAGAGACCUGACCAAGGAAUGGGUAGACUGUAGUGCUGAUUUACAGGUUAAGCCUGAGAGAGAACUGACCAAGGAGUGGGUAGACUGUAGUGCUGAUUUACAGGUUAAGCCUGAGAGAGAACUGACCAAGGAGUGGGUAGACUGUAGUGCUGAUUUACUGGUUAAACCUGAGAGAGAAUGUGACUCUGCUGAAUAUGGUCAGUAUUUCACCAUCAACAGGAGAUCUGGCAGAAUGUCUGUCGGUGCUGAUAACCUGUCACACACUGAAGGGAAAGAGUUAGAAAAUGAAUCUGAUUCAAGAAAAAUAAACAAAGAAAGUAUAGAUGUGAACAACAAUGGAUAUAGUACAGAAGAAUGGGAAACUGAAGAUUUACAAAGAGGAAGGGCAGGUUACAGAUGUAAAGAAGAAAACAUAAGCAACAUUUUGAUUCAGAAGACCAUGAAAAGUUUUAUGGAGCAUCCAGAUACCACCAGUGCAGGCCUAAUGGAAAAGCAUGAUCGAGGAGUGACCCCAGAGGCUUUACAGUCCUGUACUAUUUACUACUGGUGUCAUGCCUGUGAAAUUUCUCUCAAGUCAGAGAAACUAGCAAUUCAGCAUCACCGAAAACAUGACGAUAAAAGUCAGACCCCUGUGAAUCUGAAUGCCUACCUGAGACAGGUGUAUGGUUGUGUGACCAAGCACUGGAGAGGGAGGACAUCUGAGGAAGGGGGGAUUCUUCACAUUUGUGGACUCUGUGAUGAGGUAGUCCCCAACAUGAGAAGCUUCCGGAAUCACAUCCAGACACAUGGUGAAAGGAUCAAGUGUAAAAAGUGUGGAAGGACAUUCCUCACAGCAGAGGAACUACACAAACAUUCCAUUCAGAAUCAUUCUAAAGCAUUCAAGAAAACGUCAUCAAAGCCUAGGAAAAGGACUGGUGCCACACGGAGGCUCCAGAGACCCAGGGAACUGUUUGUCUGUGAGUAUUGUAACAAGAGUUUAUCCACCAAGGGAAGCCUGAAGAUACACACCCGCCUACACACCGGGAUCCUCCCCUUCAGAUGCUCGAUCUGCAGUAAAGGUUAUCCACAGAAAGUACAGCUCAAGAUACACAUGAAGUCUUGUCGCAAAAUAAAUGCAGAAUUACUUGAGCAGGAAAAAUAAGGAAUUUUUAAACGU